AUGCUCAAUCUGCGGCGGAAAAUCCCGCACCUCAAGUACCUUUCGUUUUUACUACCAUUGUGGAUCGGAGCAAACAUUCUCACCCAGGCUGGAUGCUCAGGAGAAACUUCCUCUCCAGAAAAACACUUCAAUUUGCCUCAUUCUCCGUCGGGAAACUACGAACCUUCCCGGGUCCAGUGUCCACCAGGGUUGCGUGUUCGUCAGGCUGAUCAAUAUCCCUGGCCCAUCAGUCCUGGGGAGCAUGAUUACACCUCAGGAAAAGCAAAGAUAUCAAUUCCGCUCUGGCAAAGUUACCUGAAUCGACUUCGCCUGCAAGACUUCAAUGUCACUCAAUUCUUGGAGUCUGCUGUUAGCACAGGGGGGGCUGCUGGUGAAACCCUACCGAACAUUGCAUUCGCGACAUCCGGCGGCGGUGACCGGGCUUUACUAUUCAGUGCCUCAAUGCUAGACGCUUUCGACUCGAGAAAUAAAGAAGCCGUCGAAGCUAAAACUGGUGGGGUAUUACAAUUGGCAAACUAUGCCACUGGACUUUCUGCAGGCGCGUGGCUGUUGACGAGUUGGGCCACAGCUGACUUCCAGCGUAUGCGUGAACUAAACGUAACCGUAUGGGGACUCAGGGAUAAAAAAGGCUAUAUUUCUUGGAGCCUAAAUAAAGCCAUACCAAAGCACCUCUCACAAGUCUACAGGAAAUGGAAGGCUGGUUUUGAUAUUAGUUUUGUUGACAUCUGGGGAAGAAUGCUUUCUACCCAACACCUUGAUGACCCGGAAGACGGGAAAGGCAUACUAUUUUCUUCCAUCAAGGAGACGCCUGCUUACAAAGCGCGCGAGUUCCCACUCCCGAUUUUGGUGAGUCUUUCGAGGAGAGCUCCGGGUGAACCGGUUUCCUUACAAAGUCCCAUUUACGAAAUGACCCCAGAAGAUUUCUCAGUAUGGCACCCCGGUCUAAAUGCAUCCAUCCCAAUGGAAUAUUUGGGAAGUACGAUGUCUUUUGGCGAGGGUCGAGCGGUGUCGUGUGUGAAAGGUUUUGACAAUGCAGGGUUCCUAAUGGGAGUUUCCAGCAAUGUUUUUAGCUUCCAAGAUGGAUCAAAUACAACGCCAAACCUUGGCGAAAAAAUCGCCAAUGCAUUAAUCAAGGGGACAUUUUACGAAGCUUUGAUUCCUAAUCCUUUUUAUGGACAAAAUUCCGGACUUCCGUCUGGCAGCGGCGGAUUUGUCGAUUCCAACGCCGAGACCUUGCUUUUAGCCGACGGAGCGAUGGCACAAGAAAAUCUACCCUUGUUUCCAUUGCUUCAACCCUCUAGAAAGGUAGACGUGAUUAUUGCAUUGGACGCAACUGUGAAUGGCCACGCCUUUGACGCACCCAACGUAGAUGGAUAUCCUAAUGGAACCGCGUUAUACCAAACAUAUUUGAAGUUCCAGAGUCCAGAUUUCAAAAAUUAUCCGUUCCCAAGAAUACCAAACAGUCUUCAUACUGAAUUCGUCACGGGUGGAUAUAAUAAGAGGCCUACUUUCUUUGGUUGCGAAAUGGAAGCCGGGCCAUUGAUCGUUUAUCUACCCAAUUAUUUUGCGUCUCAUAGGACCGACAUGAAAACGAUGCAAACCCAUUUCACUGGCGAGGAGAUUGAUGGGUUUUUCAAGAAUAGUUUCCUCAUCGCAACCCAGAAGAACUCAACUCUCAACGAUCCCGAGUGGCCUGAAUGCUUGGGUUGUGCCCUCAUAGACAAACAACAACAAAGAUCAAAUAAACCAAGAACACCACAAUGUACCCAAUGCUUUAAGAAGUACUGUGGUUAA